UAUGCGCUUUAUGACAAGCACACUUUCAGAACGGGUUAAAUAUUUCUAAUUUAAAUACGAAUGCCUGGUACUUGAUAAUCCUUUCAAAAGUUUAGCAGUAUGGUGGAAGAACUCACGGAAGAAGACCUCAACAAACUCAAAGACAUAUUCUUCAUUUAUGACAAAGACAAAGAUGGGAAGCUGGAUCCAAAAGAGUUUCCAUUCAUCAUGCGAUUUCUGGGAAUGAUUCUAUCCAAUGCGCAACUGACUGACAUAAUAGGAGCAGUUCCAAAGGAUGAGAAAGGGUUAGUCGAUCUUCCCUCGUUUCUUGCAAUGAUGGCUCCAAGGAUGAAAGGGCUUCAGGAAAACGUAGAACAGCAAAUUAUAAAUGCUUUCAAAGUUUUGGAUGAGGAUCAUUUGGGUUUCAUAACACCGGGAUAUUUAUACGAAGUGAUGACUAAUUAUGGAGAAAAAUUGGAAAACGAUGAAGCUCAAUCAAUGAUUGAUGCUGCAACUAGUCGUGGUCUUAUCCUGUAUGAGGUUUUGAAGCCGCCCAAGAAGGAGAAGGAUAAGGAAAAGGUAAAAGAGAAGCCAAAAGUCGAGAAGAAGGCGACGCCAAGAUUUAAAAAGAUCUUGAAGAAAAAGAUAAUUAAAAAGAUAGGCGACGAUGGUGAAGAAGAAGAGGAGGAAAUAUUCGAGGAAAUAGAAGAAGAAAUUGAAGAGGAAGAGAUUGAGGAAGAGGAAGAAGAGGAGGAGGAAGAGCAAGAGGAAGAAGAAGUAAGGGAACCGGAGGAAGUGAUUCCUUACGAGCAAUUCGUUAUUGUUUUGAAUAGAGAUGAGAAAAAGAAGAAAGGCAAGGGCAAAGGCAAAGGGAAGGGAAAGAAGUGAUACAGAUGAGUGG